UUCGCAGUUGUCUUGAAAGCGAGUUCCCACUUCCCACAUGUUUUGAAACCAGUAUUAUUAGGGGCGUUUUCACAUAUUCAUAAUUGGUCUCUUCACAGGUGGUGAGGAUUCUAUACCACCUACGAAAUGAAUAUCUUCAGGAUUAGAAAAUGCCUUCUAACCACUGUUCUACUCUGCAUCACUACUAUCAUUGUGUUUUAUUCUGGACAGCAAUCCUCCAAUUCAUUUGUGAAUUUUGUCAAAAAUGCCUUUCGGCCACUGGACGAUAUCUUCUCUCCACCGCCGGACGACGACCCAUGGUUUCAGAAGCGCUUCAUCAGAUCUAUCAAACCAUUUCUGACGAGAGAGAACAAGAAACUCUCCGAUGAUACCAGAACGUGGUGGCAGGAAAUCCAGAAUGACAGUAGCACAGCCAAAUUCAGCGAGGUGGUGGAGAAGUUGUUCCAGGUCAUCCCUGAUGCUGACCUCCACAUGGAUGCGGGCCAUAAGCGCCAUGGAAGCUGUGCUGUGGUGGGGAACUCUGGGAACCUCAAGGGUUCCCACUUCGGAGCCCUCAUAGACUCCAGUGACGUCGUCAUAAGAAUGAACAAGGCUCCUACCUCUGGCUAUGAGGAGGAUGUUGGGAAACGGACCACGUAUCACGUCAUGUACCCAGAGAGUGCAAUAGAUCUGGACAAUGCCACUAGGUUCCUGUUGAUCCCUUUCAAGACUCUGGACCUUCAGUGGCUACCAGGCGCCAUGACCACUGGGUCUCACAUCACUUUGUCAUAUUUACCACUUAGACAGAAGAUAAAGGCCAACAAAGAUUUGGUAUUGGUUCUGAAUCCUGUGUUUAUGAAAUAUGUUCAUGAAACCUGGCUUGACUAUCAGGGCAAAUACCCCUCCACUGGAUUCAUGGCUUUGAUAUUAUCCCUACACAUCUGUAACAAGGUGAAUGUGUAUGGAUUUGGGAAAGACAAAGAUGGGAACUGGCACCACUACUGGGAAACCCUAGUCGAUAAAAAUCUCCAAACUGGACUACACGAUGGAAACUACGAGUACAACGUCACCAUGAGGCUCUCAGAAAUACACAAACUACAGCUAUUUAAGGGAUCUCGCUUAUAAUUCAUAAAGAUAAUUUCCCUUACAGCUGUAUAUACACUAUAAAGAGCUUUUUAUUAAAGCGGAUUAAUCAAAUA